GUACAAAAGGAACAAGGUUUGAGAUAACUGUUUAUAAUAAGGUAGCACAAUUUAGAAUAUUUCCAUUGCUUUAUAUAACCCUACUCUAAGUCAGGACCAUCUUCUCUCUUCUUCACAGAUGGACAAGGACAAUGCUACCACAAUGAAUUAUUUUCUUUUAUCUGGACUUUCAGAAAUGAGUGAGAUUCAGCAUUUGCUUUUCUUUAUGUUUCUAAUUAUUUACAUCAUUUCUAUUCUUGGCAAUGCGUCCAUCAUAUUUGCCUAUAAAUGUAGUUCAGAGCUGCAGACUCCGAUGUACUUUUGCCUUAUUAACUUUUCCUUUGUAGAAAUGUGCUAUGUUUCCACGACUGUUCCCAACUUGCUGUUGCAGCUUAUAACUGGACACAAGAGAAUUUCUUUUUACGGUUGUGCUACGCAAAUGUACUGUUUCUCAUUUUUCGGUGUUACGGAAUGCUUUAUUCUUGCAGCCAUGGCUUACGAUCGCUAUAAUGCUAUAUGUAAUCCCCUGUUAUACAAUAUCAUUAUGAACAAAAGAACUUGCAUUAUCUUCAUAGCAGGAUCAUGGCUCAUUGCCUCAAUCAACUCUUUAAUUCACACAGUCCUUACAUUUAUGCUGCCCUUCUGUGGUUCUAACGCCAUUGAUAGCUUCUUUUGUGACAUGCCGCCUUUGCUGAAGCUGGCGUGUACAGACACCUUGGUCAACCAAAUUACCAUUUUUGUAACUGGUGGCUGCAUUAUUGCUGGUCCGUUUAUACUCACAGUGAUCUCUUACAUACAGAUUAUCUCAACUAUUGUAAGUAUUCGCUUAACUUCAAAGAAAAAGAAAGCAUUUUCUACCUGCACCUCUCAUAUAACAGCUGUGGUUAUAUUUUAUGUGCCUAGUAUUUGUAUUUACUUUAGACCCAAAUCAAACCAAGCAAUGAUUCAGGACAAGAUGGCUACAGUUAUUUAUGCUGUCAUUACACCCCUAUUAAACCCUUUUAUUUAUAGUCUAAGAAACAAUGAUGUAAAAGUUGCUCUCAAAAAAAUGGUGCACAAAUUGUCUGUACAGUUCUGAGUGUAAAGUUUUUGUAGG